AUGGUGUUACUCACAGUACGGGUUGCGCCCGGAUCGCUCCACGAUCGGCCGCAUCUUGAAGAGCGCCGAGCGGUGGGCUGUCACGGCAAACGGCGACAACCAGGCCCGGCCGGUGUGCCCCUCACACUUCAGACCAUCCGCGACCAUGUCGCGACGAUGGCGAGGAACAUGGGCAUUCCGCCCACCUUCCGCUGCUCCAUCGGCUGGGUGCGCCGUGCUUUGCGGCGCCAAGGGGUGCGGUGCCGUGCUGCACAAGGCGAGGCGGCAAGCGCGGACAUGGCGGCCGUGCGCGACGCCCGUGAGAAGAUGCCGCAACUCCUCACGCAUCUCGGCGUCGCCCCGAGGGACACCUUCAACCUUGACGAGACGGCGCUAUGGCUGUCGGUGCUUCCGCGGCGAACGUACAGCAGCGGCCGCAUACCAGGGCGCAAGAGCUCCAAGGAGCGACUCACCGUCGCAUUCCUCGUGAAUGCGGACGGUAGCCAUGCAUUCCGCCCGCUUGUGAUAAGCAAGGCGAAGAGGCCGCAUGACUUCCGCCCGGAUUAUGACCCAGAGGCUCUUUGCUACUGGCGGCACAACGCGAAAGGCUGGAUGACCUCGCCGUUAUUUACGCAUUUCAUUUCGCAACUUAACGCUGCGAUGACGGCCGAAGGUCGCAAAAUCGUGGUGCUGCUCGACAACGCGAGCAGCCACAUGCUCCGAUCUGAGCAUGCAUGGAGCGAGAUCGUGUGCGGCGUGCGGACCACGUGCAUGAGCAACGUGCGGCUUGUCUUCUUGCCGCCAAACACCACCGCAUUUACUCAGCCGCUCGAUCAGGGCAUAAUCGCCACUACGAAGGCCCGCUACCGCCAGCAUUGGUUGCGGGCCUUCUCGGGGUUGUGGAACGCCGACGGCGCGACUUCCUCUGUGGCGCGUUUCCGGCCGAAUUUGCGCGAUGUCCUCGGGUGGCUGUCGGACGCCUGGACCUCCGUCGGCGCGCGCACCAUCCAACGGUGCUGGUGGCGCACGGGGUGUCUUCCCCUCUCGUGGUCCUUGGACCUGACGCACGUGCAUGACGACGAGCCCAUUCCCGCCGCUUACCCCGACAUUGAGCUCGACGACGACAUCGACGAUGUCGGGACGCUUAUUAGCGGGCUCGCCCUGGGGAAUGCGGCGAUGACGGCGGCAGAGUACGUGGCCAUCGACGACGGCGAGCCUACGUGUGCGGAAGGCGCGGCGGGACCUACGGUGACUGAGGCGGAGACGGGACUGGGGGUGGAGCUCUGGCAGGCGCCGACGACCAUGCAGGCCGUCUACGAGAGAGCCGACCCCGUGGGCCGUGAGGCGCGGCGCACUGCUCGUGCGGCAUGCGAGAUGCUCAUCGGGUAUGCAAGGGCCACCCGCAUCACGCCGCGCGAUCUGUGCGCUCUUUUCGACAUCCGCAAUCCUGUCAUAAUCGAGCGGAUGGAGCGGGCGAGCCCGGGAUUCAAUCUCAACGUGGCGCCUCAGCUCGUGCCCUCCCCCGGCGCAACUCCCACUCCCGAGACCCCUCGUCCGCGCGGCCGUGUGCUGCCCGGCUGGAUGACCCGUCCGUCCCGCCGUCAGCAGCUGCUUGACGCCGGGCUCACUCAGUUUUCCUUAGCAGUCGAUUCACUAUUAGUCGACAUGGCGGCAGUAGCAGAGCAGAACAAGAUGCUAGAGGAGGUGGAGUCGAUCUAUAAAAACCUGGUCGGCAUCCGCGACAAGCUCAAGGCGAUGAAGGAGGAGCCGAAGCAGCACAGCCAGGAAGAGGUGCACCACUUUCAGCAAAUGCUCGACGCCAUCGAUUCGCGUCGCAAGGACGGCAUCUUUGCAGGCUCCCUCAAGACUGGCAUUCCCGAGGGUCAAGCACUCUGCCUUGAAGUGCUGGACGAAUCCUAUGACCUCGUGAGCGCACUGAUGGCGGAGACGCCGGAGUUGUCUCCGGAGAUUCGGCACAUAUACACGACACUGGCGGGAAUCAAGAACAAGCUGAUCAAGCUCAAGGCGUCGCGCACGUACGCGCUAGACGACGUGCACCACUACCAGCUCAUGGUCGACUCCAUCGACGCCGCGCGCAAGGACGGCAUCUUCGGCGGAGACGUCAACAACAUCCCUUCGGGCCAGGCGCUCUGCGCCAACAUGCUGUUUCAAGUAUACGAGCUGCUGCGGCAGCUGCUGGCGUCGGCGCCGGAGAUGAACCCGCAGAUGCGCGGCAUCUACUCGCACCUGGCGGGCAUUCGGCGCAAGCUGGCGGAGAUGCGGCAGCACAACGUGGCGCACACGUGCGAGGACCUGCAGAUGUACCAGGUGCAGCUCGACGCCAUCGACAAGGACCGCGAGGACGGCAUCUUCGGCGGCUCGCUCUCCACCAAGGUGCCCGCGGGGCAGGCGCUGUGCGCCACGCUGCUCGCGCACUGCUACAAGCUCGUGGAGGAGCUGCAGGAGACGGCCUCGGACGCUUAG